CAUAUGUAUUCAUGCCGGGCAAGAUGGCGGCGAUACGGACGAUGUGUUAUUGCCAGUGGACAUAAACAGGCAUUUUAUUCAAAAUAGAAAACCGAGGCAGAUACAUUCAUACACUUGGUCGCAUCGUGUGUGUAUUUACCGCGCAACGGGCGUCGACGUCUUUUUUAUUCCGCGCGUUUCUACGUUUUUUUCCUUACAAAAUGUUCACGUUGUAGCUCGCUCGCUAACCGACCAGCUGGCUAACAGAGAGCAGUUACUAGCUAACUGUUAGCUAUCGAUCACAGCCAAGCCGCCGUGAAGUGGAGGAUGGGAGAAAAGCUGGAGCUCAAGCUCAAAUCGCCGGUUGGAGCAGAACCUGCUGGUUAUCCCUGGCCUUUACCAGUAUACGAUAAACACCAUGAUGCUGCUCAUGAAAUCAUCGAGACCAUUCGGUGGGUGUGUGAGGAGAUCCCAGACCUCAAACUGGCGAUGGAGAACUACGUACUCAUUGACUACGACACGAAGAGCUUCGAGAGUAUGCAGAGGCUUUGUGACAAGUACAACAGGGCUAUCGACAGCAUUCACCAGCUGUGGAAGGGGACCACCCAGCCCAUGAAGCUGAACAAGCGUCCUUCCAACGGGCUGCUGAGACACAUCCUACAGCAGGUGUACAACCACUCAGUGACAGACCCGGAGAAGCUGAACAACUAUGAGCCCUUCUCCCCUGAGGUGUACGGAGAGACCUCGUUCGACCUGGUGUCUCAGAUCAUCGACGAGAUGGAAAUGAUGGAUGAUGACACCUUUGUUGACCUCGGCAGUGGAGUAGGGCAGGUAGUGCUGCAAGUUGCAGCAGCAACCAACUGUAAACACUACUACGGUGUAGAGAAAGCAGACAUUCCAGCUACCUAUGCAGAGUCCAUGGAUAAAGAGUUUAAAAAGUGGAUGAAAUGGUAUGGGAAGAAACAUGGGGAAUACACACUGGAGAGAGGUGACUUUCUGUCUGAAGAAUGGAAGGAACGGAUCGCCAACACAAGUAUUAUUUUUGUGAAUAACUUUGCCUUUGGUCCAGAAGUAGAUCACCAGCUGAAGGAGCGUUUUGCUAACAUGAAGGAAGGUGGGAAAAUUGUAUCCUCCAAACCUUUUGCACCUUUAAAUUUUAGAAUAAACAGUCGAAACUUGAGUGAUAUUGGCACAAUAAUGCGUGUGGUGGAGCUUUCUCCACUCAGGGGCUCUGUGUCCUGGACUGGAAAGCCAGUUUCCUAUUACCUGCAUACCAUAGACCGCACUAUACUUGAAAACUAUUUUGCUAGUCUCAAAAAUCCUAAACUCAGGGAAGAGCAAGAGGCAGCUAGGCGACGUCAGCAGAAGGAUACGAAGGACAGUAAGAGCAAUAGCACCACGCCCACAAAACCGAAAGAACAAAACAAGCAGGACUCCUGUGGUGAGGAGGAGCGUCCUAGCUUGGUGACAGUGGUCAAGCCUUCUGCCAAACCCCGAAGAGCCCGUCUCCUCGCAAAAGGUCGCAAGUUGAACAACAAGAAACGUGGUCGACCCAAGAAAGCUGCCCCGGCUGCUGAGAAGAAAAACAAGAAAAAUCAGAGUGCUUUGGAUUUGCUGCACGCAAAGACCCUUUCUGCGGCACCCCCUCAGGAUGGAUACCGGCCACCUCAGAUUCCCUUCUACCACCUACCUCCCAAGGUACAGCACUAUCCCCCUAGUCAACUGCUGUUGAGCCCGACUCCUCCUGGUCUGCAACAACUGCUAGAUAACAUCAAAGUUCAAUACCUCCAGUUUAUGUCCCACAUGAAGACUCCUCAGUACCGCUCCAACCUGCAGCAGCUUUUAGAGCAGGAGAAGCAAAAACACAGGGACCUGUCGGGGCAAGCAGAGCAGCUUCACUCUGUCUGUCAGUCUCACAAGGAUAAGAUCAAAGGUCUCUUUCAGACCAAACUAGAUGAGUUGGGAGUGAAAGCAUUGACUGUGGAGGACCUACUGCAGGCCCAGAAGGAGAUUUCAGCCCACAAUCGUCAGCUGAAAGAGCAGACAAAGCAGCUUGAGAGAGACAUGGCCUUGCUGAGAGACCACAGCCUGCUACUGCUGAAGUCCCGAUGUGAGGAGCUAAAGCUAGACUGGGGAUCUUUGUGUCUGGAGAGUUUGUUGAAGGAGAAGCAGGCGCUACGUAGACAAAUCUCUGAGAAACAGAGACACUGCUUGGAGCUGCAGAUCAGCAUUGUGGAGCUGGAGAAAAGUCAAAGGCAGCAGGAGCUGCUUCAACUCAAAUCCUACAGACCCUGUGAUGGCUCCCCAUACAGAAAGAGCCUGGAAUCGCGAUCUUCCACAGACAUGGACUCUUCUAAUCUUUGCCUGUCCUCAGCCCCAGCCCUCAAUGGUGUCAGCCCAGAGCUGUCUAUCAAUGGCACCAGCUCACCCUGUUUUGACCGGGCCAACACCAAGGGGGAGCUUCUUUCUCGCUACCUGCCCAUCUCUCCAGACCAUGAAAUUGUACCCGCCACCCCUGAUGCCCGGCAGAGGCAGCAAAGUUCCUCCUACGCUCUUCCUGAUUACACACGCUUCUCCCCUGCCAAGAUUGCCUUGCGGAGGCAUCUUAACCAGGACCCCACUGCCUCUGCUCACUUGAGAGGUCCAGGACUGACCGCACACAGGGAAUUGGGUGCUGUUAACUCUCCACUUGGAGUCAAACAGAACUGUCCCUCUCCAAAUGCAUCUGAUGCCCAGAAUACUCCUAAAAGUUCUGAGAGGGGUGGCAAGGAGAGGAGCCCGUCUGUUCAAGGUGACAACAGCAUUACCAGCCUUCCAAUAAGUAUCCCUCUGAGCACUGUCCACCCAAGUAAAUUACCAGUCAGCAUCCCUCUGGCCAGCGUGGUGUUGCCCAGUCGUGCUGAGAGACUGAGAAGUACUCCGAGUCCUGUGUCUCAGGCAGGUCAGACCAACGGAUAUUCAGGUUUGAUGAAUGGAGGUCCCCAUCCUGAGGACCAUAAUGGUGCUUCUUCAUCACCUCCUCCACACAACAACACUCUGUUGACAGGACCAAUGGGCCGAGGAGGUCCCAUUCAGAGCCCUCCGCUCGGCACUGGAGGGGUGCUCCAGUAUGCAGAUGGACCCCCAAGGAUUCUUCCAGAAGAUGGACAGGAUCACCAGGGUGGUGAAUCCGACGCGGAGCCCCAGGACAGUGAACUGCGGAGGAGAAUCUUCUUCUCUUCUUCCUCCUCUUCAUCCUCGUCUUCCUCUUCAUCAGGCAGUGGAGGCAGUGCGGCCGGAGGAUCACGCCUCCACCAUCACACUGGCAACUCAGCCAAGCAGGGAUACCACAGUAACCAUGGAAACCACCACCACCACCAGUCCCCCGGCACCCAACACACUCACCCACUCACACAUACGUCGUCAUCACACUCCUCUCACAGCCUGGGAUCUCAAGAGGGACGUAAGCGUGGGAGAAGGAAGCGCAGCUCCACAGUGGCUGCUGUCACGGCCAGUGGAUCCCCAAAGAGGAGGUCAUUCCCCGGGCUCAGCUCCAACAACCACUCCUCAGGAUCACCACUCAACAUUAACUCCAUGGUGAACAACAUCAACCAGCCUCUGGAGAUCUCUGCCAUCUCCUCCCCAGAACAAUCAAGCCGCAGCCCCAAUGGGCCUGACUUGGACCAGCCCCCCGUCUUGAAGAGAGAGCGCCCCCUGGAGCUCAAUGGCACAGGUCGUUAUUCCUCAGCCCCUAGCUCUGAUGAUGAGGACUCAGGAUACCCUGCCGACAGCUCCAGUUCACGAAUUGAAAGAAAAAUUGCCACUAUAUCCUUGGAGAGCAGAGAUGGACCUGGUAGACUAGGGGACGGUGAAAGAGUAGGCAGGAAAUCUGGUAGCAGCAGUGGUAACAGCACAGGCAGCGAGGCCUCCUCUUCGUCCUCCUUGUCCUCUAACAGCAAGUGGAAAUCCACCUUUUCGCCAAUUUCCGACCCCAAACAACCCAACUCUGAUCUGAGACAGGGGGGUUCUCCAUUUGGCAUGGGGGGGUCAAGCCGGGGCACAGACUCAGACUCUGACCACAAACAACAGCAUCAGCAGGUGAGGAAAGGGAGUGAUGGAGAGUGUUCCAGCUACAUGACCGCCAACCCCUUCCUCAGUCAGGAGUCAGGGACCCGGGGUGGAGGCAGCGGCGGUGGUGGUGGUGGUGCCCAGGGAGGCAGUGGUUCAGACCAACGCCAGGCCCUUCAGAAGCAGAAGGCCCCUCGUGACUGGGAGAUGAAGACGAGCAGCAGCAUGGCCAGUCAGAACCUCUUCAUAUCUGCCGCUGCCAGCAGUGGAGGGGGCAUACUGAGUGGGAAGGUGGGAGGCAGUCCUGUAGCAGUUUCCUCAACCACAGGGUCUGUGGGACAGUACCUGGGGUCUCAGUUUCCACUUGGCGGGACCUCAGUGUUACAGUCCUUAUUCGGAGCCCAAACAGGCGGAUCCACGGUGAGUGGAACGCCGCGGCUCGUCAACGGACACUCUGCCCUGGGAAGCUUCUCCAGUGCUGGGCUAGCAGGGGGAGCAGCUGGAGGUAUUUUUCACCACGUGGUCCCCACAGUGUCCUCCCAUCAGUUUGGGGUGACGCUGCCUACCUCUGGAGGCCUCAGCUCUCUGCUCAGUCUCUCCUCCUCUUCCUCUACCUCCUCCCAAACCCAGCAGCACACCACUCCCCAACCAGCCUCCACGCGCCUGGCCUCCGUGUCCUCACCGCUCCCCCUCUCCCUGUCCCAGGCUCAGCACAGCCGCAUCCAGUCGGUCCUGCAUAGUCCUUCUCCUCCCACGCUAUCCCUGCCCCCUCCUCCACCCCUGCACAGCGUUCCCUCCUCCUCAACACCCACGCACUCUGACGUCCCGCCAUCCUCUCGAUCUGACUCCCUCCACUCCUCCCGUCUGUCCCAUUCCUCUCUCCACCACCAGAGAGCACAGUCAUCCCUCUCUCUCAACAUCUCCUCCUCCACCUCUGCCUCUGUGUCUGCUGCUGCCGCUACUGCUUCCCUCUCCUCAUCUCUGUCAACCACCUCCUCAUCUCGUCCAUUCGCAGUGCACUAUUCCCCUCGGCUGCCCCCUCCACCACCGGCCAGCAGCUCAGGUGGUGGCGGGAGCAUGUGGAGGACUCAGGGCAUGCAUGGUACCUACACCACCUCCCAGCUCCCUGGCUCCCGACCUAGAUAGGGUUUGGGGGUGAGGGGAAGUGGGGGAGGGAGGAUGGAGAGGAGAAGGGCAAAGGGCAAUCAGAGGGUGGAAAGAGGGAGAGAAAGAGAGAGAGAGAGAGAGAGAGAGAGAGAGAGAGAGAGAGAGAGAGACUGGUAGGGAGUGAGAGACAGACAGGAUACCUGUUUUCCCUGUGCUCCCACAAGCUGUUGUUCUGAUUGAACAAGGUAAUUGAUGAAAACUACCUCAACAUUAAAUAAACUAUGCAAAUGUCCAGGUGUGGACCAAGGCACUCUCCUCACUCACUGGUGCUUCGAAACGUCUGCACCACCCAACCGCCUCCAAGACCGGCUUCUGUACUGGGAUCUCUGAAACACACACGCGCGCACACACACACACACACACACACACACACACACACACACACACUCUCACCACCACUAUGGUCACCUUGAGCAGAAUUCACAGAUACUGGUCAUCUUUAUGUGUGGAGUGUGAAUGUUACAACAUAGAAAUCUGUACCGGCUGCUGCCCGGCACUGAAUGAACUGAAUUAUCCAGAAUGGUCUGGUUUAACAUUAAGGUGCUCAAUAGUAUGAUAGUGUGUCAUUUUGUUUGUCUUAGGCACUAUUACAGUAACUAGUGUUCAGUAAAAUAAUCAGUUUUUAUUGAUUUAAUGUAACAUUUAACAACAGAUAGAUCGAAGCACACAGUCCACCUUUUUAAGCUGAAUGUCAUCAGGAGUCACGUUCCCUCCAAAGUUUCACUUCAUACGAGUGCAUGUGUUUGCACAGUCAGACACACACACACAGACCAGUUCACUGAACUCUGCUCAGAUGUCAUGCAGUUUUGCCUCUCUGCAUGCUGUCUUAUCUCUGUUUUCUUCCUGAAAUUCAAUAUUUGUUGCAACAGAAUAGAAUUAGAAACAAGAUGAGGAACGUUUGGUCUAACUUCACACUGGAUAGUAAGAUACAGUUACUCAUGUAGCAGAACAUGUACAAGUCCUGGCUGGUUUGUUGACACCCCUUAAAUUCUGGUUAUGUUUAUGAUUAACAAUAUUUUCAUAUUGGAGAAAAUGAAAAAUGUGGGUACUUACUGUUAAAUCAUUUUUAAAAGCAAAGCGGUGCAAAGAUUGUAAGCUGUUCUGGCUGCCCUUUUUGCCACACAAAACUAAUAUUUCCUUUCUUUGCUACUAACUGGAGCAAAACCAGUGAAGUUCAUUUUCUGAGUGAUUAAAACAAUGCUUCAGGUGUGGUUCAGUGUUUGUCUUCUGAUAUCAGAUAUUUAACAUAUCAAUGAAAGUAUGUUUGUUUACUUCAAAUAUGAAAUCUUUGAUAUUUUGUGACAGUAAUCAGAUAUAUUUAACAUUCUCUAAAUUAAUGAACUGAAGAAUGAAGAGUAUUGAAGUGUUUAUUUUGAAGUCCAAACACACAGCAAUGUUCUGAUUUCAGCCUAAAUUUGAAAAUAUGGUGAAUUAACAACAUUUCAAGGGGUGCCAAUAAUGCUGAGCAGAGUCGAGUGCAUUUUCAUUUUUUAAAAAGACCCCCUGAAUUUAAUUUAAUGAGAUGGUGCUCUGUGUAGACAUAUUCGUUUACUCUCUAGUAGAGACGCAGUGUUGUCAGAGUUGUGGCUACACUGUUCAGUGCUUUAGUGAAGCUGAAUCCAGGUGUAAAAGAAAUACAGUAAAGAUUCAACUCAUUUCUGUAUUUAUUAACAUUUUCUUCUUCAGUCAAUUGGGUAAAUCACACUACGAUGUGGGACCGCAGCAGAAAUACUCUUUACAGCAGGAAUUUUUAACUCUUCUUAAGCUAAACUUAUUCAUAUUUAUUUCUGCUGUUGGGAAAUGCAGGUUUAAGCAAAUGUGGAGUUACACUGCAUUUAGUUCAUACAAACACACGCACACGUACAUGCAUGCAAAUCCUCACACACUGAGAAAACAAUUAACCGUAACCACAACAAACUACUGGUCUCUCUUCACACCUUUUUGUUUGCUUUUUUUAUUGUGUAAUUUGUUUUUUGUAAACAAUGUUUGUACUGUGAAUGUGAUUCAUUCUCCGACUGUAUAGUUGUGUAUAAUUUAGAUUAUUAUAUUUAUGCCGUCAGUCUCUCUAUUUGCCUUGGUAUUUGUUUUUCUUUUUUUUUUUUCAAUCCUGAAAUGUGUUGACAUGUUAGAAUGCAAUAGUGUGUGUACUUGACUCACAGUCUGAAAACAAUGGUGCUACAUUUGGACUGUACCUGAUCUUAUUUAUUGUAUAGUGAAAACAUCAAAAACAAAUUGAAUACUUGGUGCUGUACACAGGGACAUUUGUAAAGCCUUUUUUUGGCAUUUCCUUUCUCAUAUUUAAUAUGCUAUUGUCUGGUUCUUUGAAUGCAUAGUGUACAACUGUAGACACCACCUUUAGAUAAAACUACUCUGCAACAGCUGGCUCAGAGUCUGAGUAAACAGGUAUGAGGACCUGUGUUCAUGUUUCUCACGCCACAGUUUUAAACAUAAGUCGGCCCGCUUCGCUCUCCAAGCGAGCUGCUUAUCUGUUAGUGAACAAGACACACUGUUUUUGUACAUAACUUUGUUUUUCCUUGUUUGUCUAUCAUAAACAGAAAGGUAUAUAAGAAAUGUAUCUAUAUACAGUCUAUAUAUUUGAGUAUAUAUAUAUAUGUGAAUAGGGGUGCUUUGGUGCUGCAUUUUGACCUUAAACUCAACCUGUUAAACAGGAGGCUUGAAGCCAAGGAGAGUGAAGCAUUGCCACACAGAUGGUGCUUAACAACAUGGCGACACAGCAGCACCUGAAUCCUUGUGAUACAAACACACCACAGAAAUAGAAACUCAAAGGCUGUGUGCUUUUACACAGACAAACAAAGGUGCUGUGGCUUGAACACGACUAGUUUCCAGCACUAGAGCUGUCACUUUUAUCAGAUGUUUUCUUUGUGUUUCUUUCUCUCUUUUUUUUUUACCAACCCAGAUUCUGCAGGAAAAAUGGUGCUUCUGUUUCCAAACAAUGGCAAUUCAGAAAAAUCUUUACUGGUGCAUACAAGACUGUGUCAACCUCUUACACACACUGUCUUUAGAUGUCUUACUGUCAAGGCCCUACCUUGUAAUGUGAGCAUAUUGUGUAAUUGCAAAGACAUGCUGAUGUAAAACACUUGUGUUAGGAUGUGUGUGUGCAUCACUUUGUUGGGAGUGAGAGCAGCCAAGCUUCCGGGUUCCUCUGAUAGUGGGAAUACACUUAAGCUCAGUUUGUGUGUUUGUGUGUGUGUGCUUUUUUUUUCCACUUUGCCAGUGCAUAUCGAAGGGAAGAUUAGACUAAUAAUGAAAGCUUUAUUGUAAACUCCUGUCCUGUGCACUCACUCUGUGAACAUAAACGUGUUUUUCACCUGCGAGUGUUCAAGUGAAAAGAAUUCAUUUUAGAACAUAAUUAGAGACUAUAGUCCAUUUGUUACCAGCACUGAGAGGUCUUUUGUAAUUAUUGUUGAUGCUGUUUUGAUUUUCUUAUUCUUGGUGUUUGAUACAAUUUCAGUUACAUGUUAAGCUUUUAAUUGUGUCUUCAGAUUCCUGUCAGUUUUUAAUACUACUAGUCAGACACAGCACGGUGCUCUCCUUCACUUAAAACAAGGAAAUUGCAGCUAUUGAUAAAUACUACUCUUCUCCUGUUGUGCUGCAGGGUUUUAUGGUUUAAUAAUCUACAACACGAGCUUGCCUGGCGGCUUUCUUGCAGUCCAGUCUAACCUAUGGAAGUUUCCCUAACCUGGAGGUGCAGCGCGGUGUAUGUGCGCAUGAGAAUAGUUUGUGGGAAUGGCAAAGAUCACGUUCAUUACAGAUUUCAACCAGUUUUGUAGCUACUUGUACAAUCAGUCAAAGGGGUGAGGUGCUGUUAUUCAAGUCCUUUGGUGUAUGAGCGUGAUUUGAAUUAAAGCUUCUAUGCAGUUCUCCAGCAUUAUCCAUUCUGGUACAUUAUUGAUCUGUGAGAGCUCUGCAGUCGAGGCUGUUUACUCUAAAUCCUGCCAAAGGUCUUAACUCAGGAACUUCCCAUAUUGCUUGAAAUCAUGUAAACAAUUUUCUUUAAACUACUGCAUGUCACAAAUUUAUUCACCAUCUUGUGCAUGAUGAAGUCCCUUUCUAACCCAACUCAGGACCAGGACAACCCCCUCAGUAAGCAUAUUUCAAGGUAAAAUUAGCCAGCUGUCUUGCCAAAUCUCCUCAGAUUGAUUCUCACUGUCGCAUACAUCCAGCCUCUCCGGGUGAAAUCCAGCUUUAUAAAGCUUUACGAGUCGGUCUGAUCUCAAGAAGCUGUGAAAUGGCUAUGACUUUUCAGCAUCUUCCUCAUCUCACAAAUGCCUCUGUCUAGAUUUGUGUCUCUAAGAAUGAGGUUCACUGUCCUUUUGUUGGGAUUCUUCCCCUUUAUUUUGGGGGAGGGGGGUUAACUGACAAUGGACAUGUGACCUACAGUAUGUGUAUAGUGAUCUCUGAUCGGUGCAGCCAGGGCAGGUUUGAGGUGCAAUAACGGCAAACCUACUUUCCAAAAGCCCCUGGGUUUUCAUGAUAAAGUUGUUACUGUUCGAUGUUGGUGCUUUUAUCCUAAGAUGUUAUAAUGAAACAAAUGGAAUUAAUGUUUUUUUUCUGCAUUUUAUGAUUAUUAAUAAAAAUGUUUCAUAUAAUAUUUGAAUUAA